AUGGUGGCGAAAGACACCAGCUCUCCUCGCAAUAUGAUGAUGAGAGGGGAAAGAGAACGAGCAGUGGAGCGGUUGGAGAACGGGGGCUUGAAUCCCGUGCUGCACGAUACAACGGGGGCUCGCUCUCCCUCGCUGCACGAUACAACGGGGGCUCGCUCUCCCUCGCUACACGAUACAACGGGGGCUCGCUCUCCCUCGCUGCACGAUACAACGGGGGCUCGCUCUCCCUCGCUGCACGAUACAACGGGGGCUCGCUCUCCCUCGCUGCACGAUACAACGGGGGCUCGCUCUCCCUCGCUGCACGAUACAACGGGGGCUCGCUCUCCCUCGCUGCACGAUACAACGGGGGCUCGCUCUCCCUCGCUGCACGAUACAACGGGGGCUCGCUCUCCCUCGCUGCACGAUACAACGGGGGCUCGCUCUCCCUCGCUGCACGAUACAACGGGGGCUCGCUCUCCCUCGCUGCACGAUACAACGGGGGCUCGCUCUCCCUCGCUGCACGAUACAACGGGGGCUCGCUCUCCCUCGCUGCACGAUACAACGGGGGCUCGCUCUCCCUCGCUGCACGAUACAACGGGGGCUCGCUCUCCCUCGCUGCACGAUACAACGGGGGCUCGCUCUCCCUCGCUGCACGAUACAACGGGGGCUCGCUCUCCCUCGCUGCACGAUACAACGGGGGCUCGCUCUCCCUCGCUGCACGAUACAACGGGGGCUCGCUCUCCCUCGCUGCACGAUACAACGGGGGCUCGCUCUCCCUCGCUGCACGAUACAACGGGGGCUCGCUCUCCCUCGCUGCACGAUACAACGGGGGCUCGCUCUCCCUCGCUGCACGAUACAACGGGGGCUCGCUCUCCCUCGCUGCACGAUACAACGGGGGCUCGCUCUCCCUCGCUGCACGAUACAACGGGGGCUCGCUCUCCCUCGCUGCACGAUACAACGGGGGCUCGCUCUCCCUCGCUGCACGAUACAACGGGGGCUCGCUCUCCCUCGCUGCACGAUACAACGGGGGCUCGCUCUCCCUCGCUGCACGAUACAACGGGGGCUCGCUCUCCCUCGCUGCACGAUACAACGGGGGCUCGCUCUCCCUCGCUGCACGAUACAACGGGGGCUCGCUCUCCCUCGCUGCACGAUACAACGGGGGCUUGCUCUCCCUCGCCCUUCUGCCCUUACGUGUGCACGGCAGUCCGGCUUGCAGAUAGCUGGUGUGGUGCGAGGUGGUGCGUGGAGGAGAGGGGAAAGAGCAUGAGGCUGAGUGGGGCAGCAGACGAGGAGGAAGGAGCGCCCGUGUGA